GUUACGGCUUCCGAAGACGAAGAACGCUUAGUUCGAGACCUCUUCCGUGAUUACAACAAACUGAUCAGACCUGUUGAAGUUAUGAAUAAGACAGUUGAAGUUCAGUUCGGUCUUUCUUUUAUCCAACUUAUCAACGUGAAUGAAAAGAAUCAAAUCAUGACGUCUAAUGUCUGGCUGCAAUUGGUUUGGAAUGAUUACCAACUUCGGUGGGAUGAAGCUGAUUAUGGUGGGAUAAACGUAUUAAGGUUACCACCAGACAAAGUCUGGAAACCAGAUAUCGUCCUUUUUAACAAUGCCGAUGGUAACUACGAAGUCCGUUACAAGUCCAACGUCCUCAUUUACCCAGAAGGCCAGGUGAUGUGGGUUCCGCCAGCCAUCUAUCAGAGCUCUUGCACCAUCGACGUCACGUACUUCCCCUUUGAUCAGCAGAAAUGCGUCAUGAAGUUCGGUUCCUGGACUUUCAACGGCGACCAAGUGUCCUUAAAGCUCUAUAACGACAACUACUGGGUCGACCUGUCUGACUACUGGAAGUCGGGCACCUGGGACAUCGUGGAAGUGCCCGCCUUCCUCAACAUCAACAAUCAGUCCAAAAGCGGCCAGCCCACGGAGACCGACAUCUCGUUCUACAUCACCAUCCGACGCAAGACGCUCUUCUACACGGUGAAUCUGAUCCUGCCAACGGUGCUGAUCUCUUUUCUUUGCAUCUUGGUCUUCUACCUGCCCGCGGAAGCCGGCGAGAAAGUCACUCUGGGCAUCUCGAUCCUGCUCUCGCUGGUCGUCUUCCUGUUGCUCGUCUCGAAGAUCCUGCCACCGACGUCGCUCGUGCUUCCGCUCAUCGCCAAGUACCUGCUCUUUACCUUCCUGAUGAACACAGUCUCCAUCCUGGUGACGGUCAUCAUUCUCAACUGGAACUUCAGGGGUCCGCGCACGCACCGGAUGCCCAACUGGAUCCGAGUGGUCUUCCUCAAGUACCUGCCCAUCAUGCUCUUGAUGAAGAGGCCCAAGAAGACGCGGCUCAGGUGGAUGAUGGAGAUGCCGGGUCUCGGAGGGGUGCACCACCACUUCCACGGUGGUGGAUCUCCCGAGACCUUGAAAGCGAGUGGUGGUGUGUGCCAGACGGUGAAGCACCACCCUGGGAAGAUGGACUUUGUAGAAAUGGCCGACAUUCACCACCCGAACUGCACAGUCGCACGAGCCAACCCACAACAGGUUGGCGGGGUCGAUCCCCAGAUCAGAGACAUUGAAGGGGCAGAUACGUUGUAUCUCACACCUGAAGCGUAUAGAGCAACGGAGGCGAUUGAGUUCAUUGCAGAACAUCUGCGAAGCGAAGAUGAAUAUAUUCAAAUAAGAGAAGACUGGAAAUACGUUGCUAUGGUGAUAGACAGACUCCAGCUUUAUAUCUUCUUUGCCGUAACUACUGCUGGCACUAUAGGUAUACUGCUGGACGCGCCUCACAUAUUCCAGUACGUGGAUCAGGACAAAAUAAUAGAGAUCCACAAAGGAAAGGCAACUUGA